GCUCGUGUCGCACGGCUCCUUUCCGUCGCGUUCUCUCCACUUUUUAUUGUAACAUAAAAAGUAAAGAAAUGUCGGUAGCGUCAAUUAAUUCAGACACUGCGUCCGGCGCGUCUGCCGAAAGUAGUGAUUCACUGAUUCGCGAUCUCAAUACCGACAACAUUGAUUCCUUUCUGCAUCAGGAACUUCAACUUUUGAGUACAUCACAACCUAUCGCGCCUUUGAGAACACGAUUUAAGAAAAGAUCACCAGCGCUGAAGACCGCCAUUGAGAGGUUUGGUGUGAACGAUGCACAAAUGAACGUUUUAAUGGAUCUUAUCCUUUGCCGAAAACUACCUGUUACUUCCUGCCAAGCACUCAUCGAAGUACUAUUGCCUCGCGGUCCAGUCAAAUUCAGGCAUGUCGUACGAGUAUUGCAAUUUCUAAGCAUGCGCGAAACUGGAACUACAGCAUCAAAAACGGAAUUACCGGCUGCCAUUAUCCUCGGCCUGAUAAAUUGGAUUAUUGCCAUAUAUGACCAUAUCGACAACAUCCAUAGCUUUGAAAAGUUCUAUGGCGUGCUCUUCCACUACCUCUCUAUGAAAAAAUUGCGAAUCCAUCUGUGUCAUCUCUUGUGUCGUAUGACAAGACGCCAUCAUGUGAAGAAGUAUCGGAUUCAUCAACUUCAAGACCUCAUUGACAAGAAUGGUCCUGAGCCCGAACUUGUCGCUUUAAUGAAUGUAUUCAAGCUCUAUAAUCCAGAACUUAUUGUUCCCGGCAGAUCAAAGAAACCAAACUUUGCAAAUCCAUUAAAACAUCUCGUCGACAGGUAUAGCGAAAUCCGAAAUAUGUGGGGUGCAGAUCGCUCAACAGAUGGAUCCGUAUCGACCACUAGAAGAGGCGCAACGGACAAUGAGAUGCAACCGCGAAAACGACAACGAAGAGGCCACGAUGUCGCAUCUUUAAAGGUGCCACUGCCCACCACCACCACCAACUCGUCUUUGCCCUCCGUCACACUUCGUGAAAUAAAUAAUGUGGUUGACCUUGCUGAAAAACUGGACCGUUUAACAUUGCCUGACCAGAUGGCGUCCAUCUUGGACAACCGGCUACUGCAGCAUUUGAUCGCCUGCGAUCCACGUGAAUCUUCGGUAAUGCGUAUAAGUAACUGGUUAUCGAACGUUCUGCAGGAACUACUGAAGGGUCGCAACCACUCAACGAUGUAUAAGAAAUCAUUACAAGAGCUUUUACAAAAAUGUAUCACCAUGGCACGCCUCACAAAGGCACAUCUACCUAUCCUCGAAACAUUCCUGAAAGAUUAUAUAAGCACAUGGAACGGAUGGGAAUUCGAAAAUGAAGUAUUUGAAUUGCUUACGUUUGUACGACCUGGAUCCUUUGAAGAAAUCAACGAUUGGUACCUGAAGCCACUCCAUCGGCUAUAUUAUGUUUCCGAUGUCAAAUGGAAGGCAAAAUUGAUCUUAUGCUACACAGAAUGGCUUAAAAACUGGGCAUUGCUGGAUUGGAAGCGACACCGUGAACGACGGAGCACUAAUACUGAGAUUGAUAUGGAUGAGAUGGUGUGGCUUUUCCAAGGACUAGAUUUCAACGUGGACUACUUUCGAACCAUCCAGCACUUCAUCUACCACGUCGAUCGGUUGAGUGUGAUCGGAUUGGGUAUGGAAGGCGACCAUCCACUACUACAACACGCAGCGCUCUCCUUCUUUGAGUUUGUGUCGUCCAUUUCCAUCAACCACGAUAUCCCCGAGAUCAUUAUACCUGCCGCGCCGCUGAUCUACCGCAGUUUCUUUUCAAUAUGCGGGAUGUCUGUGUCUCGGAUAUGCGGUAUCGUUCACCAGUACAAAAAAGCAUUUGAGGAUAAUGAUCGAAAAAUCGGCGAUUGGGUGACACGACACACGUCCGAUUAUUUGGACAAUUUCAAUACGCAUGUUAUGGAUAUCUGCAGUGCACUGUGGCGUAACUCGGCUCUUGCUCGUUCAACAGAAGAUGAACUUCCAUUCUCGCUUUCUCCUGAGAUUACCAAAGUCUACGAUAAUCUGUGCGAGUCACGUGGGGAAUCGGCAAACCUUGUGCUAUCACUCACUCACUCUGCUGCCCUGGCUGGUUUUUCGGAACGAUUCAUUCAAGAAAAGGAAAAUAACGCAAACGUAGAAGCACGUCAUAAUGGUCCAGUUACUGCACAGCUAUUGGAAACACUUAGCGAAACUGGCGGAAUAUCGGUCUCAUAUAUGGACUAUCGCGUGGAACUACUGGAGGAUCUCAGAACUUUAGGCUUUCACGGCUUGUAUGACCUGUUGUAUGACUGCAUGAGCUCAUUGAUAGAGCGCAAACAAAAGGAACAGAAACAAAAAGAGGCAAUGGACCAGAGUAUGGAAAUUUGAAUAAAGCUGUUGAACACGCACAUACCUCUAUUUUUUUGUGGCAC